GGGGUCCAAUUUGUGCGCGUGGAGUGAGACAGAAAACCCGGAGUCCAAUUUCCCGGCCAACGAGUCGCUCCUUCUGGGCUGGCGAAGCAGGUUGCCAGGCCUGCGGCAAGCCAGGCAUACCUACCCCUUCUCCGCGCCCCUAUCUGCGCCUGCGCGUUACCGGCUGGCGGGCCGCCGGCGCUCCCGCCCCUAGGUGAUUCUGUGGCUCACUCCCCUUGGAUGGUGUUUCUACCCGGGUGUUUCCCGGGAAGAGGCUCUCAAGACUAGCCAUGCAGGAGGAGGAGUCGAACUCUGGAUAGCCUGUUUAUAAAGGCCUAACUGUGCUGAUGUUGACCGUUUUCUGAAACUCCUCCUCCAAAACCCACGCCAAACCGCAGGAUGAAGGAAAUCCUCAGUGAAUACCAGGAUGCCAAAAACCAUGGAAGAGUUCUGAUGUUCUGGGAGGGUUGACAAAGAUGGACCUUAAAUUCUAGCAUAUUUCCUUCACAAACAGAAAAUGAAUGAAAUUAAAGAUACUGAUUCAAAAAAAAGUGAAGAAUACGAAGAUGACUUUGAAAAGGACUUGGAGUGGUUAAUUAAUGAAAAUGAAAAAAGUGAUGCCAGCAUAAUAGAGAUGGCUUGUGAGAAGGAAGAGAAUAUUAACCAAGACUUAAAAGAGAAUGAAACAGUAAUAGAGCACACCAAACAGCAUUCUGAUCCUGACAAGUCUCUGCAGGAUGAGGUCUCACCAAGAAGAAAUGACAUAAUUUCUGUACCAGGUAUUCAACCUUUGGAUCCCAUAUCAGAUUCAGAUAGCGAAAACUCUUUCCAGGAAUCCAAACUAGAAAGCCAGAAAGACUUGGAGGAGGAAGAGGAUGAGGAAGUAAGGAGAUAUAUUAUGGAGAAAAUUGUACAAGCUAACAAGCUUCUACAGAAUCAAGAACCCGUGAAUGAUAAAAGGGAGCGAAAACUUAAGUUCAAGGACAAAUUAGUUGAUUUGGAAGUUCCUCCACUAGAAGACACUAAUACGUCUAAAAAUUAUUUUGAAAACGAAAGGAAUAUGUUUGGGAAACUGUCACAGUUAUGUAUUUCCAAUGAUUUUGGACAAGAAAAUGUACUCCUGUCACUUACUAAUGCAAGUUGUGAAGAAAACAAGGAUAGGACAAUACUGGUAGAAAGAGAUGGAAAAUUUGAACUUCUGAAUUUACAAGACAUUGCGAGUCAGGGGUUUUUGCCUCCCAUUAAUAAUGCAAAUAGUACAGAAAAUGACCCUCAGCACUUGUUACUCAGAUCUUCCAACUCCUCUGUCAGUGGCACCAAGAAAGAAGAUUCUGCAGCAAAGAUUCAUGCUGUCACUCACUCAUCAACAGGAGAGCCACUGGUUUAUAUCCCUCAGCCACCACUCAACCGCAAGACUUGUCCAAGCUCUGCUGCCAACUCAGAUCGAAGUAAAGGAAAUGGGAAAUAUAAUCACAGGACACAGUCUGCACGUAUCUCACCAGUGACUUCAACAUACUGUCUUUCCCCUCGACAGAAAGAACUACAAAGACAGCUAGAACAAAAGAGAGAAAAGCUGAAAAGAGAGGAAGAGCAACGAAAAAUAGAAGAAGAGAAAGAAAAAAAGAGAGAGAAUGACAUAGUAUUUAAAGCAUGGUUGCAAAAGAAAAGGGAGCAGGUCUUAGAAAUGAGGAGAAUUCAGCGAGCAAAGGAAAUUGAAGACAUGAACAGUAGACAGGAAAACAGAGAUCCACAACAAGCUUUUCGAUUAUGGCUUAAAAAAAAGCACGAAGAGCAGAUGAAAGAAAGAAAGACAGAAGAACUAAGAAAGCAAGAGGAAUGCUUAUUCUUCCUUAAAGGAACAGAAGGCCGGGAAAGGGCCUUUAAACAAUGGCUAAGAAGGAAACGGAUAGAAAAAAUAGCAGAGCAACAAGCUGUCAGAGAGAGAACUAGACAGCUCCGACUAGAAGCCAAGCGUUCUAAACAGUUACAGCACCACCUAUAUAUGUCAGAAGCCAAACCUUUUCGUUUUACUGAUCAUUAUAACUGAAAGUUUCUAUUAAAUAUUAUUUCAGUGGGCAGCUGCUAUCAAAAUUUUGGAUAUAAUUUCUUAUGGUCUGUGUACUUUGGUUGUACUCUAAAUUAUGGAAAUGAUAUUUAUCUUUUAUUGACAGUGAAUUUUUUUUAAUACUAGAACAAAAUAAAUUUUUUUUUCUCACAGUGUU